AUGCGAUGGUUUCUGGCCAAUGAACUUGCCAACCCAAGGGACAUUGUGAAGGGAAAAGGACAGGGGAAGGGGAGCGUUCCAGCCACUAAAUCAAGACUUCGUCUUGGGCAGCAGGAGCAUUGCACGUCGCCUCACUUUGAUGAUUCCCGCCAGCCCUUGCGUCUCAAUCUCCCGAGCUCAAUGAAACAGGAUUGGGAAAGGAAUCCUCGACGCCUCUCGCGCCCUUAUCUCCAUCGUGACCCAUCUAGCAGCUCACCACCUACUGUCACUGUUGUCCCGCCAGCACCACCACAAUACUCGUCAUCAUGCUUGAGCAUGACGGACCACAGUCGUUCAGCCUCAACACUGCUUGCGGCAGCUGCUAUCCCGUCUUUGAAUUUGCCCCAACCAGCAACCGUUGUCGCAAAGCAGCCCCACCAAGACUACCAACCGCCACCAACGCUGCCCAGAUCAGAUCGCCAGCCACAGCAGCCGAGUCCUCCACUGCCCUUGGAGCUGCUGCCCUACUCCACUCCAGGACCUUCCCAGCCAUUGCAACCGCUACCGGAGACAGCUCCAUUGUUGGACUCUAAUUGUCUUCCACAAGCUGAUGUCCCGAGCUUAAGGACAAAGGAGAGGCAAACGGAUCUGCAAAAUGUUGAUAAGUAUGGUUCGAUAAAUAACGUUGUGCCUUGUUCUCAUGAUGUUGUGGGAGAGAAGAACAUUGUUGAAGAUAAAUGA